AUGGAUAUUCAAGCAGAAACUUUAAUUACGCUUGUCCAAGAGAGACCUGUUCUGUGGGAUAAGACCGAAGACAUCUAUAAAGACAAAAACUUAAAGUUAGCAGCAUGGCUUGAAGUAUGUUUAAUACUGAAACCAAACUUCGAUGAACUGGAUGAAAAAGAAAGAAAACAGUACGGAAAACAGGUUUCAACUAAAUGGAAUAAUAUACGAGAUUCGUGGCUUAAGACAGUAAAGAAACAAAAAGAUGAGUCUAAAUCUGGAUCUUCGGCCAAAAAGACACGAAAUUAUUUAUAUCACGAGCAAUUAAUGUUUUUGAAAAUAGUCUCCGAACCUCGACCACCACAUGAGUCAGUUUCAAAAAAAGCAAGAACUGAGACUGAAGUAGGCAUGGAAUCAAAUUUUCGUUCACAUUUAAUUAAAGAUAAAAGAAAAAUUGAUAAUAAAGUGGUAAAUGACAGGAUGGUAAAGUUUUUGGACUCCAGAAUAAACCCAGAAAAGGAAAACCAUCAUCUGUCUUUCUUCAAAGGCAUUAUACCAAUCUUGAACACUUUAACUAUCGAAGAGACUUUAGAAUUUCAAGCAAGCGUCAUGACAAUGUUGCAAAAAAUUAAAAGUAGGAACUAUGAGAGACCAAAUUACGGACAUUGGCGUGAUUCAUAUAAUUAG